GAAGAGAAGGCGCAAAAAAAAAAAAAAAAACCCCCCAAACCUGAGCUAGCUUGAUCUAUUAUGAAUUAAUUAAAAGGAAAAAAAUCAAGGUUUUUAUUUAAUUUUUUUUUUUGGUUUUAUUAUUUUUUAUUUCACUGAAAGUCGUCUCCAAAUCGUUGUUGAGAUUUGUUUGAAUCUUGAGAGUUAAAAAACGAGAGAUUUAAAGUUUUUUCAUGAAGCUGAUGUUAUUAACGCAUCGAUUUAAGCUUAAAAAUCGAAGAUGAGAAGUGUAAACGACAGCGUUGAAACCGUUAACGCCGCUGCCUCCGCCAUCGUCUCCGCCGAGUCUAGAGUUCAGCCCACCACCGUUCAGAAGAAAAGAUGGGGAAGCUGCUGGAGCUUUUACUGGUGUUUUGGAUCUCAUAAGAGCAGUAAACGAAUUGGCCAUGCUGUCCUUGUCCCUGAACCAGUGGUACCUGGAGCUUUGGUUUCAACCGCUGAAAAUGCAAGUAACCCAACGGGCAUUGUAAUGCCUUUUAUUGCUCCUCCCUCAUCUCCUGCAUCAUUCCUGCAAUCGGAUCCUCCAUCUGCCACCCAAUCACCGGCUGGAUUGCUAUCUCUAACUGCCCUUUCAGUUAAUGCCUACUCUCCCCGUGGACCUGCAUCCAUUUUUGCCAUAGGCCCUUAUGCACAUGAAACCCAGUUAGUCACACCACCUGUAUUCUCUGCCUUGACAACUGAACCAUCCACUGCUCCUUUUACACCCCCUCCUGAAUCUGUUCAACUGACUACACCUUCAUCCCCUGAAGUACCAUUUGCUCAAUUGUUGACAUCUUCGUUGGAGCGUGCUCGGAGAAACAGUGGGAUCAACCAGAAGUUUGGAUUGUCCCAUUAUGAAUUCCAAUCUUAUCAAAUAUACCCUGGGAGCCCUGGUGGUAAUCUCAUAUCACCUGGGUCGGUAAUCUCUAAUUCUGGAACAUCCUCUCCUUUCCCUGAUAGACGUCCAAUACUCGAGUUCCGCAUGGGUGAGGCUCCCAAAACCUUAGGAUUCGAACAUUUUACGACUCGCAAAUGGGGUUCAAGGUUAGGAUCUGGAUCUUUGACACCAGAUGGACUGGGGCAAGGUUCAAGGCUAGGUUCUGAAUGUGUAACUCCAGAUGGUAUGGGGUUGGGUUCAAGAUUGGGUUCAGGAUCAUUGACACCUGAUGGUUUGGGUCCUGCCUCAAGAGAUGGUUUUCCUAUAGAGAGUCAGAAUUCCGAGGUUGCGUUGCUUUCUAACCCUCCAAAUGGACCUAAAAACGAUGAGAUUAUAGUUGAUCACAGGGUCUCUUUUGAAUUGAGCGGCGAAGAUGUUGCACGCUGUCUGAAAAACAAAUCAUUGGUAUCAAGCAGAACCAUGCCGGAUUAUGAAUAUCCAAAUGACUUGGUGGCGCAAGGCAGGAUAGAAAAAGAUGAAAAGGUUUCAGGAGAAGCUGAAGAGGACCAUUGUUAUCAAAAGCAUCGUUCAGUUACUCUUGGGUCAAUUAAAGAAUUCAACUUUGACAACAGAAAAGGAGAAGCUUCCGAGAAGCCCACCGUCAGGUCCGAGUGGUGGGCUAACGAAAAGGUUGCCGGAAAGGAAGCUAGGCCAGGUAACAAUUGGACUUUCUUCCCUAUGUUACAGCCGGAGGUCAGUUGAUUUUUUAACUAUGCAACUUAGUUUCACCUCCAUGCAUAAAAGUCAGAAAACUUGUUUAAUAGGUUUGCAACACUAAACCCUGUAGCGUUUCAGUUGUUUUAUCCGAAGAUCGUACUUUCUCUCAAUAGUCUUUGGUAUAAUUAGAUGGUGAAGUGAACUAAAAGACUAGUUUUCAGAGGUCGAAAGAGUCUUUAUUCCUUAUGACCUAAAAGGUAAUCCAGUGAGGGAAUAUUUCAUAGGGAUCAAAUUAUGUUGGUACUGAUAGAGCAUUCUUUUAAUAUUCAUUUACCUAAUGUUAUACCAUAUAAAAAAAACCAGUAUUUACAUGUAGUGUUGUAUUAUUGUUUUCUUCUUUUAAAUAUGUAAUAGUAAGAAGGCUGAACUUUUUUCAUGCUAGCAA